UGGUGAAACCAUGCUCCAUCAAAUCCUCUCUCAGGCCAAGAAGCAUCCUAGCUGGAUCUCCCUCUUUGUCUUUACUGGAGCUAGAGGUACUGGAGCAGCACUGUACGUCAUGCACCUGGCAUUGUUCCAUCCAGAUGUCAGUUGGGACAGAAAGAAUAACCCAGAACCCUGGAACAAACUGAGUUCCAAUGAUCAAUACAAGCUCUACUCAGUGAAUGCAGACUACAGCCAACUGAAGAAAGAAGGUUCAGACUUCUAA